UACUUCUACAAGAUCCCCAACAUUUAGCUGCAAACACUGAAGGACUUAAGCUUCUUUAGGACUAUAGUCUGCCCUGUCCUUUCUUUUAGAUGGCCGAACAGUUGUCUCCCUUAUCUAGUCUGUUGUCCUUGUGAACACUGAGGGUUUUAUGUGCCUCUACCACCUCCAUUUCUUCCCCCAUGGCCGUAGUAAUGUUGGACCUUUUUCUACGUCUCCUAAAAUCUAAAAUAAUCUCCUGUGUUCAAAGUGGGAUGAUUGUUUCGACCCCAUGGUAGCUCCACUUUCUCCCUGUACUCAGCUGCUUGUCCAUCUCUGAUGCCCCCAACAACUGCAUAAUCAUCAAGUAUUUCUGCAGAUGACAGAAGUCCGUCUUGAACGGGAAGUCUAUAUAUAUCAUACUGAUCUCAACUGUUUUAAGUGAUGACUUCUGUGGUUUAGAUGUGUUGAAUUCUUUAUGACCUCCUGGAUGAGACAGAGCAUUCUUUCUCCAUUUGUAAAUAGAGGCAUUCAUUUUGGUAAGCUGGAACCCCAGAGCCUGAGGAAAUUUCUUUGUAACCCUUUCCAGACUGAGAUACCUCAAGAUAUCUUAACAUCUGUUUUCAUAUACAUCUUUAAAGCUUAGGACAGGACAACUUUCUUUUUAAGAUCUUUUACCCUACUUUGUGUUUUUUUUAGAAAGUUAUCAGUCCGGGAGGUGUGUCUUUUGAACUUUAAGUUAGUUUCUCUCAAAAUGUAUUAAAUUAGUAAAUUAAUGAAUAAAUAAGGGGAGGCACUUGGAUUCCCCUUCUCUACAGAUAUUGUCUGUAGAUUUAUUUGAUGAUCUUAAACUUGCGUGUCAAAAAAAGCAAAAGGAAAGAAGGUAGAAGGACUUCUUCCCAGGACUGCACGUGUUAGAUAAUUUUUUCUUUUUAUUAAUAUUAAGCAAGCUCUGAUACUCCGGUCACAGCUAUUCCACCCGCUUCCCUAAAAGUCUUCAAUGAAAGUCUUCCCCUGGCUCCAUUUGUUUUCUGUCUGUAGUCAUUUAUGCAGUUCCCUCUCCUAUGCGUGUGUUGUGUUUCCUCUCACCACAUUCUUACUUAACCGACAAGAAAACGGAAACACAGAAAUAUCCAUAGUGUACACAAGCAAACUAUGAUCUUUCUGCAAAAAUCAGGGGAUUAUCACAGAUGCUAGCAGAGAGAAAUGACACUGUAGGCGGCAACAAGCACUGAGAGCUUGGAGACAGGCAGCAGUUGCUUAGCAAAGGGAGAGAGACUAGAACAUUUAUGAAGCAGGAAAGGGAGGGAACCUUACAGCACUAAAGCAGAGGAAAUGGUGAGCAGGAAAACGGGAGGGAAAAGCGUAAAUGAUGAGCCUAAACCACAGGGUGAAAUCAGCUGCUCCGUGUUUCAAACAGGUUGACGCUUAGUGAAAAGGAGGGAGGAGGAAGAUGUGGGAGGGGUGAGCUGUACCAUCACAGCUGAAUGUAUAAUCAGCAGCUGCUGCCUCUGUCAUGUGAGCGGUAGCAGGGAGGGAAAAAGAGAGAGGGAGAGAGAGAGGGGACAGAGACUGGAGACACCUUGUUCAGUUAGCGUAAUAUUCUGUUUGAAGAUGGAUGGAGCCAUGGAGACCUAACAGCAGAAUGGAAACCAAGCCUCUGUUCCUGUCACCUCAUCCAGGACAGUGUGUCACAGGCAGGCCUAUUCUCAGGAUGCCUACCUGCGUGGCUACACUAGCUACAGAGGAAAUGCUAGUCACAUCCCUAAUCCGCCCCCAGUAUGCUACCCCAGAGUAGACUGUAAGCCCACGGGCAUGGCCCAAGCGACAGACUCGUCGGGCCAGGUCUGCCGGGGCACUGCAUCUCUUGAUUAUGGGUAUCGUAAAGAAAUCACCGUGCCCCCAUCUCCUCCUCGUCAAUCAUAUUCUAAAAGCCAAACAGCUGUGUGCAUGCGCAACGAUAGCGUUAGGACUGUGGUGGUUCCUCCUAACUCUGCACACAUGGGACGCGUGGUUUCGGCUCAUAGGGUUGAUUUCAUGGACCCUGCCUACGUCAGGGGAAGACCUGGGUCGCUGGCUCAGUAUCCUUUCCCUCGAAAGGCUGAUGUCUAUCCCAGUGGUCCAGGAAUGGGUCCCUUUGCAGGUCAAGCACCUAAUUACCCAGGCAACCAUCAGAACAUUGAUUGGCGCACUUACCAGACAUAUAGAGAGUACAUUGACAACAAAGGCAUCCAUUCCCAUGGAAGUAGGACAAUUCAGGAGAGAUUGGACAAUUUGCGAACUGCAGGUCAGGCCUCGUUUUCCGCUGCUCCUCACAUUCCCAGGGGAGACUGGGCUCCUAAAGGGAUACGGCGCAGGAGCACCUCCCACGAACGGUCAUACCACGGACCUCCACCCCACUUCCAGGUUGCCCCUCGUAGUGCUUCACAAGACCGAACAAAAAAUUCGGAGAGAAUGAGUAAUGCAAGGAACUGGCCCCCUCGAAGCGUAUCCCAAGAUGCCCUCAUGUUGAAAGCUCGGGCUCAUUCCAUAGACUAUGUUGAACCUGUAGAGCUGGCUCGACCCACUGAUAGGAGAGCAGGUUAUCCAAGGGCAGACCAAGGUACAAGGCCGAGCAGGCAGCCCAUGCCAAGUAAUGCUAUGCCCUACAGACCAUCAACUGGACACCCAGGUGGCAUAAGAGGACCACCAAACCCUUCUUUAUACUCUAAAGGACCAGAUUCUCUUCAGACUCGCUCCUCACCCAUUCUGUCCGCCACGCUUUAUGGGAAGAGUGCUGAACAUUCAAUUACUGACCAAAAAGUUUCAGUGAAAGGACACUAUACAGGCCAAAUUGUCCAACAAUCUCAGAACAGGAUGCGGUCUGAAACCAUGCCACCCUCUGAGGCAGGCAGGGAUGCAGCAGUAGGAGGAGUCAGGUCUUCACCGUUCUCUGCUAGGAGAGAGAAGCCUCAGAGGCCUGGCAUCCUUAAAACAGCCCAACAAGAAUCCCCAAGUCAGGUCAAUGGUCAAACCCCUACAGAGAGUGGGGUGGUUCUGAGGGAGAAACCUCACGGUGGAAAGAACCCCAGCCCUCUGCGGCACCCCUCCUACAUCUUGGCCGUAAAUGAAGAAGGAGCGGACUCCACACCAGACGUCUCGGUUUGCUGGCUCCCUAAUGAUGCUCGUCGAGAGAUGCACAUGCGCCGCCUUGAGGAACAGCGCCACACCUCUUGCUCAAGCAACUUGGAUGAGUCCCUGGACUCCAUUCCAUUCAUUGAUGAGCCAGUCAGCCCCAGUGUUGACCGAGAGGCUGCUCCCAUUCCCCCCUCUGCUGUGAUAUCUGUUGCACCAUCCAUAGCCACAGCACCCUCCAGUCAAGGCUCACCAUGUCCUACUAUUCGUCGACAAUUGUCACAUGACCAAGAGUCUCUGCGGAGUGCUUUGUUGGACUCGGACACUGCUAGUAAAACAGAGCGGUCCAAGUCUUACGACGAGGGUCUGGAUACUUACCAGGAGGAGAGAAGAGGUUCUUCAAGCAAGCAUAUGUCAAGUUUCAGAGGCCUGAGAAAGACUCUGGAUGGACAUAGACCCGAUUCUGGAUCUCGUAGGGACUCCUCUUUAGAUGUAUUUGCCGAUUCCUCCAAAGAAGGUUUUCUUAACUUCAGGCAACUUGGCACAGAAAAGAACAAGCGAGUCGGUGGGGGAAUGAGAUCCUGGAAACAAAUGUAUGCUGUUUUACAAGGCCAUACCCUGACCCUCUACAAAGACAAGAAGGAAGCUCUUUCUCAGGCUGCAUCGCAGCCUUAUGAGGACCCACUCCGAAUUAGCAUCAAGGCCUGUCUGAUUGACAUCUCCUACAGCGAAACAAGACGCAAGAAUGUGUUCAGGUUAACCACCUCAGACUGCGAGUAUCUGUUCCAGGCAGAGGGGAGGGAGGACAUGCUCGCAUGGAUCCGAUUCAUCCAGGAAAACAGUAACCCGGAUGAGGAGAAUGCCUCUGUCACCAGCCAGGAUUUGAUUAGUAGAAAGAUCAAAGAAUACAACAUGAUGAGCGCUCCCAGCAGCAGAUCAGAACCCUCCCCGAAAUCCUCUCGCCAGUCACUCAGCAUCAAGCAAGCCUUCCUGGGAGGUAAAGCAGAGGGCCGGAGCCACAGCUCCCAUUCGCCCAGAACGGGAGAUGAGCGAAGGGCGCUGAAAGAGGAUUCAAGUCCACCUCGAGACAGGGGAGCUUGGAAAAUCGGCAUAGCUGGGAUUAUGAAAAAACCAUUUGAAAAAAAGCAAGCUGGCAUCACUUUUGGUGUCAGGCUUGAAGAUUGUCCACCUGCUCAAAUUAACAGGUUUGUUCCUCUGCUGGUGGAGGUGUGCUGUAAGGUCGUUGAGGAGCGUGGACUUGAAUACACGGGAAUCUACCGAGUUCCUGGAAACAACGCAGCAAUCUCUAGCAUGCAGGAGGAACUCGACACCAAAGGCAUGGGUGACAUUGACAUCCAGGAAGAUAAAUGGAGGGACCUCAAUGUCAUCAGCAGUCUGUUAAAAUCAUUCUUCCGAAAACUUCCAGAUCCUCUGUUUACAAAUGAAAAAUAUGAUAAAUUUAUUGAAGCCAGCAGGACAGAAGACUCAGUGGAGAGACUAAAGGAGCUCAAGAGGCUGAUCUAUGAAUUACCCACUCAUCACUUUGAAACUCUGAAAUUCCUUUGCGCUCACCUAAAAAGAGUUUCUGACAACUGUGAACAGAACAAGAUGGAGCCUCGCAACUUGGCAAUCGUAUUCGGCCCGACAUUGGUCAAAACGACAGAGGACAACAUGACCAACAUGGUCAAUCACAUGCCCGACCAGUGCAAGAUUGUGGAGAACCUCAUUCUGCAGUUCGACUGGUUCUUUAUGGAAGAUAGCAAUGAGGACCCUGUUACGGCCUCUGAGCAGGAAAACACAGUGCAGUCUCAACCUGUGCCCAAUAUUGGCCACCUGCUCACUAACAUUAGCCGGGUUCCUGCCUCCCCUGGUGAAGUUUCAGACCCGGCAUGUCCUGACUCCAAUAAAUCCAAGGGCUUGUGGAUUUCAGGGAAUCAGUGUAGCAAGGAAAUGCUGCGCUCCUCCAUCUUUGCCAACCGGAAACGCAAGAAAAAUAAAGAAAAACCUCAACUUAGCAGUUCAGAUGAUGACCUGGAUUCUGGUUUUAAUAAAAAGGAGCUUGCAAAGGAGGGGCAGCAGCCUCUGUGGUCCCAGGACAGCCAGACGGAGGACGACGGCCUGACGGAUGAAGCCGGGGAUAAAGACAAGCACAAGAAGAGCUCAGAGGACCUGCUGGACGAACCUGUCGGGAAACAAUCAGAAGCGUCUGCCUCCCUCCAUUCAGAGCACAUUUCUUCCAGCCUUCAGGGGCCGCCGUACGCCUCUCCUUCCAGUUCCCCAAACCUCAACUACCGCAUGCCGAUGACUCAUCAGUCAUCCCUGUCAGACCCGCCUUCCAACUACGAUGACACAGUGUCGGACCUCGGUACGAUGAACAGCACCAGCUCUCAGGCUUCGGUGCCCAGAGUGAGGCGCAACAAAAAUGCACCUGUGGGUGCAGAUGGAUGUCCUGGAGGACUGGGAGCAGAGGUCUGCUCCAUCACCUCAGAUUACUCCACCACCUCCUCCAUGACAUUCCUGACCGGAGCUGAGACCAGUACGCUCAGUCCUGAAGUGCAGUCUGUGUCGGAGAGCAGAGGGGGGGAAGAUGCAGAUGACGAGAGGAGCGAGCUCAUCAGCGAGGGGCGGGCUAUGGAGACGGACAGCGAGAGCGACCUGUCGGUGUUCACCGUUGGGAAAGCUGAACAGAGGGAACCUUUGGAGGCUCCCAGACUGCUCCCAUCGCAGAGGCUCAUUGAAUGCGACACGCUGUCCAGAAAGAAAGCUAGCAAGCAGAAAACUGAAAGUGAGUCCUCAUUGGACGGCGCUCGUGGCGAAAAAGACCCAAACAGAUUAUCCCAGGUGGUGGGUUCAGCUAAAGGUCGCUCCACUGGGAGUCUCAGCUCGUCGUCGAGGAGCGAACUGGAUAAAAUGGAGCCAGCGUGGAAACUGAAGAUCACAGAUCGACUAAAGGUGCGUCUGCGAACAUCUGUAGACGACAUGUUCGGCGUGGGCAGCCAGAGGAGCCGCUCCCCGGAGGGUCGCAGUAAGAAAAAGAACAUCAGACGCAGGCAUACCAUGGGCGGGCAGAGGGACUUUGCCGAGUUGUCUGUUCUGGGGGAUUGGUCACAGCCUGUCGGCGCACGCUCUGAACUGUCAGCCGUAGACCGGCUUAAACCAAAGUGCAGCUCUCAGGACUUUUCCAUCGGCGACUGGAUUGCCCGCGAGCGCCACCGCACCAGCAACCCAGAGGUCAGCCUGGACCUCUCAGAGCAGCUCGGGGCGACAUGCAGCACGAACUCCCAAAACUCCGAGGCCUCGUCAUCCUCCGAAAUGGUGCGUCAUCCUGUCGAGGCGUUAAACGGUGAACUCUCACAGAGUAAAAAUCUGAGCCUGUCAGCCACCGCUCACCCUCAUAAACUCACGAGCUCCCAGGUGGUCCAUUCGCGCUUCUACCAAUACCUGUGACAGGUGUGUGUGUGUGUGGGAUGUAUUUCUGUCUCUAUAUCCUCUGUCAUGUGACCAAUGUCGGCGAAUGAGCAUGUUUACAAACGGUGUCCGGAGUGUGUCUUUUACCUGGUGUGAGUGCGUUAUGAAAACAGAUGAAUCUUUUAUCUACCCCCUGAACAAGGCAUGAAACAAACGUUUAUAACUUUUUUUAAUAAGUCAAAGUAAAGGACCUGUUGCUGAUGAAAUGUUGACCUGGGGAAGCAGGUUUAAGGAAGUUUAAAAGCUCUAAUGUCCAGCUGAGCCUAUAGGGAGGAUCUGACCUAGAAUAAUAGGAGGUACUUGAAUAAAAGUACAGAUUUUAGUAUUGCAGAGGAACUAUUUUUGUGUUGAGAAAGUUACGUUUAAAGUCAGCGAGGCUGUCGGUAACCAAAUGAAGAAUGUACAGACAUGCUUGCUGUAAUACUGACUAAAAGCUUUACAUGCUUGUUUUCAUUCGAAAGUGUACAUAUUCUUAUUUUUCUGUGUACUUGAAGUGUGUUUUUUGGUACAGCCUGUGUGCGACUGACUGCCUACAAGCUCUCUGCUGUUAAUGGGGCCUUUCAGAAGGUAUAAAAGUGACUGGAUUUAUGCAAACAGUUGAUACGGUUUAUCUUCAUCCUGCUGUGUGGUUUAA